UCCUAAAGAGUACGUGCAUUAGUAGACUUUUUAGUCUUGAAACAAAUCCAUUACCAUCAUCCAAAAUGAGAGUUUACAAGUGUAUCGUUACUGGAGAUGAACUUUUCACAGAUACUUACCCAAUAGAACUAAAGGAUGGCCUGUACAAAAUUAAAGGAAAAUAUGUCACUCGUUCAGACAAGGUUGAUGAUUCUUUACUUGGUGCUAAUCCCAGUGCUGAAGAGCAAGAGGAAGGUGCAGAUGAAAACUCCACAUCUGGCAUUGAUGUUGUGCUAGAUAACAGGCUUAUGCCUACUGCUUUUGGGUCAAAGAAAGAAUUCCAAGCAUAUUUUAAGGAUUUUGUCAAACGUAUAGAAGAGAACAAGAAGGAGAAUGAUGCUAAAUUUGAUGUUGACGCAUGGCGGAAAGAGAUUCAAAACACAUUCAAGAUAGUUUGUGCAAAUUUCGACUACGAGUUUUACACAGGAUCUUCUAGUAAUCCUGAUGGAAGCAUUGCCUUAGUCAGAUGGGAAGCCCCAGCUGGUGAAACAGAUGAAAUACCCUUUGUGUAUUUCUUUGCUGAUGGUGUUAAAGAAGAGAAAGUUUAACAGUAGUCAACCAAGAGCAUGCUCAUGAUGGCCACAAACAGCUGAUAAACAAAUUUUUACAAUGAAAACGAA